UUGUGUUGUCUGUGCCCUUAUUGCAGGGGAAUAAUGAUCCUUGCAUCAGCAGUGGGCGUGUCCCUGCGUGAACAUGUGGGGGUUUGACCAAUCAGAGCCCAGAAGCCUCAGCUCAUGAUCAGCUGACUGAAGGACGAACCGCUUUAAACGGCAUGAGGAGGAAACAUUUGGAUCCUGAGUCCAGACAGAACAACGGGCUGGUUUAUAUCAGUAUAUAUAUAUAUCAGGAUAUAAACUUUCUGCUCUCCUGUCAUCUGGAGAGGAGAAAAUGGACCUGAGGAAAAUGGAACUUGUUCAGUUUUUCUCUGCUGUCUUCCUCUCAGCUUUUGGACAAACUUCUUUCCUCACCGGUCAGCAGAACGUGACAGCAGAACCCGGUCAGAACAUCGUUCUGCCCUGCAGAGCUGCAGGCAGAUCGACCGUCAUCGUCGUGGAGUGGGUCAGAACCGACCUGGGCUCAGAUUACGUUCUGAAGUUCAGAGACGAGCAGUUUGACCCAGAAAACCAGAACCCGUCCAUCAGGAACCGAGUGGACCUGCAGGACCGGCACAUGAAGGACGGAGACGUGUCUUUGGUUCUGAGGAACGUGACGGCCGACGACGGCGGGUCAUACGAGUGUCGAGUCGCCCACAGAGGAGAAUCACAGAUCCGACCAAUCGGCAGCCUGGUUCUGCUCGUGGUUCCGCCAGGAACUGGAGGAGGAAGCAGAGACGGUGGAGGGACAGAGGACGGACAUGUUGGACCGGCGCCGUCUGUCUCAGGUUGGAUCAUCAUCGUCAUCAUCAUCAUCAUCGUCAUCAUCAUCAUCGUCAUCAUCAUCAUCAUCAUCAUCGCUGCUGUUGGACUGCUGAUCUACAGGAAACCAGAACGUCUGAGGAGGAAGUACCAGCUUCCUGCUGAUCAAGCAGCAGCUUCAGGUUGAGGUUUGAUCUGAUCUGAUCAGAAACAGAGAAACAUCGAUCAAUACUGAAGAACAUCCUGCUGAAUUCAUCCCAGACUUUAAUGUGGUUCUGGUUCUGAUGGACACAACAGAACCAGAAGCUUUAGAGAAAACAUGUUCAACAUGGAGGAGAACUGUGAGGUUUGGUGUCAGUAUCUCCAUGGUAACACAGGCUGAACAUCAGGUGAUGUGUCAGGUCAGGGUUUCCAUGGUAACGCAGGCUGAACAUCAGGUGAUGUGUCAGGUCAGGCUGAACCUGUCGACUGAAUUCAUCCCAGCAGAUGUUUGGGUUCUAACUGUGACUGUAGAGCUGAAGUUCUGGUCCAGUCUGGUUCUGAUGGUUUGGGUUUUUACUACAAUGAUGGACAGACAGACAGACAGACAGACAGACAGACAGACAGACAGACAGACAGACAGACAGACAGACAG